UUGAUUUGCUCCUCGUUGUCAUUCGAUGUCCGGCGUUAGUCUUUGGGUCCCGCACGGAAGUUUCUUGAGUUCCUUCGGUAGCGGUGUCGACUUGAGGUGGGACAAUAAACUCUUGUUCAGUUGGUUUUAUUUCUAGAGGGUACACGCUAUUGACUGGACGCGUGACAGUGUUGCCAUUUUGCGGUUUUAUUUGAACUCUCCUGGUUGCUCCAGGUUUUCCUCCUAACUUGGCGAUACGUUCCAUGGGCCAUAGAUCCUUUGGAGUAUAUUUUUCUUCUACAAUUAAGAUUUCGCCAAUCCGAGGGGCGGAUUGGAUUUCCAGUCUCUUUCCUUUAUGGGCGGUCUGAGAUCUGGACUUUGGUAGAAUAGGUCGAGCUAAUGCUGGACGCUUGAUUUGUUGCGCACGUGGUUUGAGGGGAAGUAAACCAUUUUGGGCGGUUUCUAGUGGGUAGUGCUCGGUCACAUUUAUAGUUUGCUGUUGCGCAAUAUUUAUAAGCAUAGAGCCAGCGGUUAGAUAAUCAUUUGCUGAGAAUGCGGAGUUUUCUCUACUAGUUGCUUGAGAAAUAGAGAGAAGCUCCGGGCGGCGAUUCUUUAUGAGCAAAGAAGGUUCGCGGCCAGGUUUGAUGAAUUUAGAUUUUAGAAAACGAAGAACCCAAAUGGUAGUCCUUAUUUUAUCCCAUGAGUGAAAUCUCCCUGUAUUGAUUAGGAUGUUGUUCAUUUUAGACUCAGCGGUGGAGUCGGAAUUGGGUAAAGUUCUGAUUUGCUUGGCGCGGUUUGCUAUGAAGACCGGUUGGUGGACAGUUUCCUUAAGCCAGCUAAGGGCAAUAGUUGUGUCACUCCAAAUGAAGGAUUUAUCGAUUUCCCAGUUUAUCUCAUUUUGGAUGAAUUUAGUCGAAUUAAAUCCAAUUAAAAUCCCUAGUAGUUCUAAUCGAGGUAGGGUGAGUUUCGAGUUUGCUUUUAGUGGGCGAAAACAAUUUUUUGAGAGGAACAAGGCGGUUCGCUCCUUUGAAAGAUGAUGCCUAUUGGCGGCAGCUAGGAUGUACGGAAAACUAAUAGUCCCAAAUGCAAUUCCCUUGAAUCGAUAGACAGCUAAGUUGGACGGCGAGAGAGGUUGGUCCAUGUUUUU